AUGGAGUCCCCAAGUGACGCAGUCAUAAAGUUGGUCCGGAAGGUCGAUUUGCAUGUCUUGCCGCAGCUGAUUAUAAUUUACCUCAUGUCAUACAUCGAUCGAACAAAUGUUGGGAAUGCAAGACUCUUUGGUGUGGAACCUGAUUUGGGCCUAAGCAGCCAGCAGUGGAAUACCUGCCUGUCUAUAUUCUUUGUCACAUACGCACUCGGGGGAGUACCGUCGAAUAUAGCACUGAAACGGUUUGGGCCGAAGAUCUGGCUACCGGCUCUCCUACUAUCCGUCUCAUCCAUUCUGGUUUUCACCUCCCUCCAGGUCAAUUUCGGAGGCUGGGCGGCAUUUCGCGUGCUCUUAGGAGUGUUUGAAGCAGGCGUGUUCCCCGGGUGUUCUUUUGUUCUUACCUCGUGGUACUCGCCUAAAGAGGUGCACUCUCGAAUGGCGAUUUUCUACUCCGGGGCUUCUGCUGCAGGGGCAUUCUCUGGUCUACUAGCAUACGGUAUUGGUCAAUUGGAUUACACUUGGGGCUAUCGAGGAUGGAGAUUCAUCUACUGCAUCGAAGGGUUGUUCACUUUUCUCCUCGCACUCGGCGCAUUCUGGUUCGUGUAUGACACACCAGCCAAAGUAGGUGGAUGGCUCACACCCGAGGAGAAACAAUUCCUCAUCCUCCGCCACAAAUACUCCGCCGGGGGCGAGACAGGUGUGGCCGAAAAGUCAGAGUUCUCCUGGAAACACGCCGCCUCUGCGUUCAAGUCCUUCCACAUCUACGCGACGGUGCUUAUCGAGUUUACCCUCUGCGUCACUGUCUACGGAUACUCCUUCAUCCUGCCAACUAUUAUCAGCAAUCUCGGGUAUGACGCAGCCGAAGCCCAGGCGAUGACAGUCCCUCCUUACGUGUUUGCGUGCCUGGUCACAGCCUUCUCCGGCUGGGCUGCUGAUCGGUACCAACAAAGAAUGCUCUCCGUCCUGCUGCCGAAUCUCAUGGCUCUCGCAGGAUUCAUUAUCGUGCUAGUCAGUGUCAGAUACCCCGCCGUUCCAGGAGUGACGCUAUUUGGGGUCUUCCUCAUCACCGGCGGGCUAUACCCGAUCUCCCCAGCAGUGACUGCCUGGAUCUCGCUCAACUGCGCCGGAACAAUGAAACGAGCCGUCGGCAUUGCGGCCAUGGUCAGCUUCUCACAGCUCGGCGGUAUUGUCGGCUCCAACAUCUACAUCUCCAGCCAAGCACCCACAUAUCCAGUCGGAUUCGGAAUAAGCAUGGGAAUGCUAGCUGUAUUUGGCUGUAUUUGGCCUGUGAUUUAUUAUUUUAUUCUCAAACGCAUUAACGCCAAGCGGGCAGCGAUGGAUGAGAAUGAGAUUCGGUCGCGGUAUACCGAGGAGGAGUUGUCAGAGAUGGGCGAUAGGAGCCCGUUGUUUAGAUAUGCCACUUGAGUAGUUCAAGAUCACAAUCGUGAUGAGAGUUUGCAGAUAAUGCAAUAUACAAAACAAUUUUCCAC